CACUGUUCGUUCCUUCGUCUUCUUCGAGCUCGCUCGCUCGCUCGCUCCGCGCUCGCUCGCUCCAAUGGCGGCACUCUCGAUCUCUCUCGCACUCCCUUUGAUCCUCUUCCUAUGGACCACUCUUCCAUCCGCCUCCCAUUCCACUCCUCUCAACUGUUCCGACACCACUCGCAUCUGCACCUCCUUCCUCGCCUUCAAAACCUCACAAUCCACCACCUCCACCCUCAUCCAGAGCAUGUUCGAUGCCACUCCCUCUGACCUCACCGCCGAUCCCGCCGCCAGCCCUGGCUAUGUCUUCGUCCGCAAGAACUGCUCCUGCGCUGCCGCGUCCCGCAUGUACUUCGCCAACACCACCUUCACCGUCCGUGACCACGAUGGCCCCGUGUUCCCCAUGAUCUCUGACGCGUACCGUGGCCUGGCGUUCAUGCCGAAUACCUCGCGGAGGGCGAAGGUCGGCGCGGUUGUCGGCUUGCAUCUGCUUUGUGGGUGCUCUAGUGGGCUGUGGAAUUACUUGAUGAGCUAUGUUAUGGAGGAGGGGGACACCGUGGAGUCGCUCUCCAGCCGCUUCGGUGUGAGCAUGGAUAGCAUUGAGACGGCGAAUGGCAUGAGUGAUCCGAAUAGCAUCGUUAUUGGGGAUGUUUAUUAUAUUCCUUUGAACUCUGUACCUGGGCAGCCUUACUUAGUGAAUUCUGGUGAUUCGGCCUCUCCCUCUCCUGCUCCGGCUCCACUCUUUUACGAUAUAUCUGGUGACACAGGGAAACAUUCUAGUAAAUUCCCUUAUGGAUGGGUUAUUGGGAGCAUGGGAGUAGCUCUUUUUCUUAUUGCUGUAGUUUUUCUUUCAUGCAUUGCAUUCAAGACCUUACAUUGCUGUGGCCGACAACGAACGAAUCGCACAAAAGAUCCCAAUCAACCAACCUCACAUAAAUUUCAUAUUCUAAAGAGUACUAGUUUCUGCUAUCCCUCUGGAGGAUAUUUCUGCUGCAGAUCUAGUACCGUGAAGUCAUCUGCUGGAGACAUUGGCAAUCACCAAAUUAACAUUCCGAAAGGUAUGUUUGCUGAUGGUUUUAACAUGGAGAAGCCUAUUGUUUUUACAUAUGAAGAAAUACUUGUUUCAACUGAUGCCUUCUCUGAUGCCAAUCUGCUUGGUCAUGGGACAUAUGGUUCUGUGUAUUAUGGUGUUCUGAGAGACCAGGAGGUUGCUAUAAAAAGAAUGACUGCUACAAAAACUAAUGAAUUUAUGGCAGAGAUGAAUGUUUUAUGCAAGGUUCAUCAUGCUAGCCUGGUAGAGUUGAUUGGCUAUGCUGCAAGCAAUGAUGACCUAUUCCUGGUUUAUGAAUACGCACAGAAAGGUUCCCUAAAAAAUCAUCUGCAUGAGCCUCAAAAUAAGGGCCAUACAUCAUUGUCUUGGAUCUCAAGGGUUCAAAUUGCACUAGAUGCUGCUAGAGGCCUGGAAUACAUCCAUGAGCACACUAAGACAAACUAUGUUCAUCGAGAUAUUAAAACAAGCAACAUCUUGCUUGAUGGUAGUUUUAGAGCAAAGAUUUCUGAUUUUGGACUUGCAAAGUUACUAGUGAGAACAGCUGAUGGAGAAGCUUCUGCAACAAGAGUAGUAGGAACUUUUGGUUAUCUAGCUCCAGAAUACUUGCGUGAUGGUUUUGCCACUACCAAGAGUGAUGUCUACGCAUUUGGAGUUGUCCUUUUUGAGUUAAUAUCAGGCAAGGAAGCAACAACACGUACAGAAGGGACGACUAUGACCAAUAAUGAAAGGCGUUCUUUGGCAUCUAUAAUGCUAGGAGCCCUGAAGAACUCUCCCAAUUCAAUGAGCAUGGCCAGCUUGAAAGAACACAUUGAUCCCAAUUUAGUGGAUUUAUAUCCUCAUGACUGUGUGUUUAAGACGGCGAUGCUAGCGAAGCAGUGCGUCGAUGAUGAUCCUGUUCUGCGACCUGACAUGAAGCAAGUUGUGAUUUCACUCUCUCAUAUCCUGCUCUCUUCAGUGGAGUGGGAAGCGGCUCUGGCGGGUAACAGCCAAGUUUUCAGUGGUCUCGUUCAAGGAAGAUAAUUUCAUUCUUUAUUCUUCCUCCGCAAUACCUUUCUCACACUUUCCAUAAAUCUUUUUAAAGUGCAUACUAGAGGUUGUGAGUGCAUGUAUUUAUGUGUAUAUUUACUCGUCCGGUUUCCAUGACUUCAUAUGUCUAUUGUACCAGAGAGAUUUCUUUUUUC